GAAGAAAUAACACCAAAUGAGAUUGACACGUAUGAGUUGAAUCUCAAUUUUUUGAGUUCAUCUCAAAUCUCAAGAUUUCAAGUGAUAUAAUUUGUAAAUAGUACUUUGUAUUAGUCAAGAAAUUGUGUAAUGGCAAGCCCUAGAACACGUCGAGUUUUACAAGAGCUGAAGCCUUCGAAUGAAAAUGAUAAAUGUUUUGAAUGUGGCACUUCUCUAAAUCCACAAUGGGUGUCUGUUACAUAUGGAAUAUGGAUUUGCUUAGAAUGUUCCGGAAAGCACCGAGGUUUAGGCGUGCAUUUGUCGUUCGUACGUUCCGUAACAAUGGACAAAUGGAAAGACAUAGAAUUGGAAAAAAUGAAAGUUGGAGGUAACCGAAACGCUAGGCUAUUUUUUGAAUCGCAACCCGAUUGGGACGACGAUAUGUCCAUUCAGCAGAAGUACAAUUCGAAAGCAGCUGCAUUAUAUAGGGAUAAGAUAUCGACAUUAGCCCAAGGAAAACCAUGGGACGAGAAAACGUCGCCUGCUCAAAAUUAUACAAGUAGUUUUAUUGGUACUAACUCGUCGUCGCGAUCCAAAACUGCUAGAGAUAAUUACGUGUCUUCCUCCUCUUAUCAAUCGUCUAGCGAAAAUUACGACAGCGGCUAUCAGAAUAUGAAUACGCAAGAGUUCAAGGACCAGACGUCAUCGUUCUUUGCCAAAAGACAAAUGGAGAACGCUAAUAGACCCAAUCAUAUUCCUCCCAGCCAAGGCGGAAAAUACAGCGGUUUCGGUUAUACCAAGGACCCACCACCUCGGAGCCAAUCUCAAGAGUUCGUAGACACCGCUAUUUCAUCAUUGGCUAGUGGUUGGUCAUUUCUGUCGUCGUCAGCGACAAAACUAGCAAGCAAGGCGUCAGAAAACGCCGUCAAAUAUGGAGGACUUGCCAGCCAGAAGGUAGUUGAAGUUAGUUCACAUGUAGGGGAAAAGGUUAAAGAGGGCACUCUAUUAGAAGAGUUUGGUACGCAAGUUACUAGUGUGGCAAAUAAGAUGGGCGAAUUAGGUAGAAAAGGAUGGAAAGAGGUGAGCAACUUAAACAACGAGAGUAGUUCCGGUGGUUAUGGGGAGGUGGCCGGUGAUAAUUAUUCACCAAGUGAAAAAUCGUCGUUGUACAGCCAAGGAAACGGAUACGUCAGGGAGGAGGAUUGGAGUUAUAGUAGUCAACACGGUUCCAAGGCUUCGAGUCCAAAAUCACCUAACGAGAGUUGGGAUGGCGGUUGGAGCGGAUACCAGAAUGAGGAGAACGGCAGUUAUCAAACAGGUUUAAACGUAAAAAACUAUUUAUCCAAUAGUGCCACUACGACCACCACCACCAUUGAAAAAUCCAAUCGAACAACUAGCAAAGAAGAAACCAAAACAAAAGACGUUAAAAACAAUUGGAACGAAAAGUGGGGGGACGACGAAUUGUGGGAGAGCUUAAACAAGUGAAUUUAGGAUUUUUUUCUAUAUCUUUUAAAUGAAACGAUUUUGGUCAAUCUGGAGAGAAACUGAAAUUAUAACGGAUUUGUUAUAUGGAAUAUAAUAAUCAAUGUUAGUCAUAAUUUAUGCAUCGGUAACGUGUAAGAUUAAAAAAAAAAAACACUUAAUAUACAUAUUUAUAUUAAUCCCUUUACAAGUUAUAAAAUAAUUUGUAUUGUUCGGAAAUAGGGAUCUGUUCGUUUUAACUUAACCAUUCAAAACGGUAAAGUGAAUGUUUUAAUGCAGGCUUCGUUUGAACUACUGCUUUUAAAAUGGUGCAUUUAAUCUAAUACAUUUUACAGAUUUAUUUGAACUAUUAAUGUAUUUUAAACAAAGAUUAAUUGAACUACUGGCUUUUAUAACAGUAGAUUUGAACUACUGUGUUUAAAACGUCAGUUUAUUUGGAUUUCUGCUUUAAAAACUGACUAUACUAAAAUAUUUUAUAACCAUCUAUAUUUACUAUAAAAAAAGGUGAUUUAAUUAAAACGAACAGAUCCGAAAAAGAUGAUCUUGUUAAAAUUGUGGUUGUCUGAUUGAUGGACCAAGACCUCCUUUUUUCACUUAGUCAUAACUCAUUUCUAUGUGAAAGAUCACGUAACUGGAAAAUAGAAAGGAAUUUAAUAUUAGUUCAUCAACUAAACAGCAGAUAUAAAUAAGAUAAUGUUGGUUAAUAGUAAAUUUUUCAAAUUCAUUGUACAGUGUGUCUCAAAUUUAUAUUACAUGUAUUGAUUAAUCUAUGAUAAUUAUCAACAAAGAAUAAUUACAAAUUUUUAAUAGGUGUUUUAAUGAGAAAAUCAGACUUUUAAAUAGUUCUGUUAAUUUAUCAAAUGUCACGCAAUAUUAAUUUACACUGAUUUUAAAUUAGU